GAUGUUUCAAACUCGUCAUUAAAUCUCCGCCGCCGCUUGUCUCCGGUGACCGACAUCCCUAUAUUGGCACAAAGUGAAGCAGUAUCUGCACAGAGAUUAAUAGAUGUCGACGAACAAAAGUAGCCGGAAAGGCCAGGAUAAGAACAAGAAAUUAGGGAGAUUAACAGAGAAAGCUAUGUCGUUUCACGGUCAGGCUGCGGAAGAUAUGGUAGGGAAACUGCGGAGGCCGAGGACGGUACCGGAUUUGAUUUCCGGUACCGGUAGGGUUGCUUCGUCAACGGGAAUGGUGCGUCCGAAGCUGACGAAACUGCUGCUUAACGUGACAGUACAGAGAAGUCUAGGUCCAGUGCACGUAUUGAUUUCACUGGAGUCGACUGUCAGUGACCUUGUCGCCGCCGCUCUACAGCAGUAUUCCAAGGAAAGCAGGCGACCGAUCCUUCCGUCACUCAAUCCCUCUGGUUUCGAGCUCCAUUACUCGCAGUUCAGUUUAGAAAGUUUGGAUCCAGAUGAAAAGCUGAUCGAGUUAGGUUCAAGGAAUUUCUUUCUGUGCCCGAAACCAAGUGUAACCGCCGGCGGAAGUGGCGAUGACAAAGGUGAAAUUGGAUUUGACUAUGCGGUGACGACGACAACGUCUAGUUGCUCGACGGAGGCAACAAACACCGGUGGAGGUUGGCUUCGAUUCAUGAACUUUUCGUUGUAAGAUUGGAUCACAUAUCAGCUUUAGUUUUAAUUGAAUUCUUUAGUGCAAAUCAAUUAGCAAUCCCAAUAUAUUCAAGUUUUCAUCAAAACAAUAAGAAUGAUGGAUGAUUAUAUAGGUUUGUAUUUGUGUUGGAGUAUAUAUAUAGUUCUUAUAUAUAAAUCAAUCAAUUGUAUAGAAGCUUUAUGCAUCAAUUAUGGUUAGUCAACUCAUUUUGAUAUGGAAUAUAUACACAAACUUUUAGAUAA